CGGGCCAGUCGAACGCCGGGUCGCGCCGACAGUUUGCCGUCGUUUUCGCCGCCCCCGUCAGUGCACGAUUUCGUUUAAAAAUAAUUUCGUCGUGUUCUUCGUGUGCGUAUCGCGUCUAAAAAAAAUAAUUCCAAUACAAUAUAUAUAUUAUUAUUUACUAUUUUUUAAUACUCGCGGGAUACACGUUGCAAAAAAAAAAAAAUGAGACGCCUUGAAAAGUGCUUGAGCGUAACACCUUCGUCGUCAACUUCGUCAUCGCCUCCUCAUUCUUCUUCGUCUUGUUCGCCGCCGCUCAGCCGUCGAAGGCUAUGGUGUUCGAAAACUAAACGUUUGUCGUCGUGCUUUAUUCUAAAUCUUUGUAGUCGGCGUCGUCGUCAUCGUUUUAAAAAUCUGCGAAUCUCGCGGCUCAUCGAUCUCGGCUAAAUAUCUAAUUCUCAGCUAGUGUCCGAUUCGUGUACUACAGAGUAUCGUGGUUUUAGAGAGUUUCGUGUCCGUUUAGCUCUCGCGAGACAGUCGUCAAAGUCGUGUCCGUCCGACCGUCCAACGCCGCGACUCCGAUUCUCAGUACACCCCGACGUCGCGCUCAUGCGACCCGAUUGGCCAGCGUCCCGGAACCCGGUCGAGAUGUUACACACGCUGAACGCGUUGGCCGCCAAACUGUCUCCCACGCAGGUCCAGAACGUCGACGGCAACGCCAACAGGAUCGCCGCCGCCGCCGCCGCAGCCGCCACAGCUCUGACCACUUUGAACGGCAACAGUGAUAUAGAAAUGUCCAUUCCUACCCCAUGUGCGUCCACAGCUGAUGGCAGCAACGACGGCGAACAGCCGGAAACCGACUACAUAAAAAUGUUCGUGGGCCAAAUACCUAGGGCCAUGAACGAACAGGACCUGAUGGAUAUGUUCGGCGAGUUUGGUCGAGUGUACCAGUUGAACUUGCUCAGGGACAAGUUUUCGGGGGUCAGUAAAGGAUGUUGUUUUGUAACAUAUUAUACGAGAAAAGCCGCUCUCGACGCUCAAAAUGCUUUGCACAAUAUCAAGACGCUGCCAGGGAUGCACCACCCGAUACAAAUGAAGCCCGCUGACAGUGAAAAUCGAAGUGAAAGAAAAUUAUUCAUCGGAAUGCUGUCGAAAAAAAUAUCUGAACCCGACAUCAGGUUGAUGUUUGAACCUUUCGGAGCCAUCGAAGAGUGUUCGGUUCUCCGGGACCCGAAUGGCGUUAGCAAAGGUUGCGCAUUCGUCACGUACACGACCAAACAGAACGCCAUCGCGGCCAUCAAGGGUAUGCAUCACUCGCAGACAAUGGAGGGCUGCACGUGUCCGCUGGUUGUCAAAUUCGCCGACACCCAAAAGGAAAAGGACCAGAAACGCAUGCAGCAGAUGCAAGCGAACUUGUGGGGCCUGGCAGCGACCGGAGGCAACAGCGUGCCCACAGCCCAGUACUUGGCUCUAGGCGUGCUGGCCAAUCAGCAGAUGAACAAUGACACGAAUUCGCUGUCUUCGCAAGUGCUCCAGCAGAUCCAGCUGAACGCCGCUGCCGCUGCGGUGGCAGCCAACAACAACAACAACCAUCAGCUGAACAAUCUGCUUUUGACCAGCAACACAGGUGCGCUCAAAUCCCCGUAUCAUGUCCAGACGUCCCAUUACCAUCCCACACAUGUAGAUACCGUGUCACCUCGGCGUUUAGAUUACACCGAUCCUUUCUAUACAGGCUACCAGAAUUUGUCAGCGUCGCCGCCGAGCCUGGGAGACUUAAACCCUGGAAACUUGCAAAACCUGUCGACGCUCGCUAAUUUGUCCGUCGGAAACCCUAUAGUCAACUCUGUGAACAUGCAGAAUCUAGUCACGUUGGCCGCGAUGGGGGCAAAUUCCGUUUCGCCUACAGGAUCCAGUUCGUCUAGUCUAAGUAGUUCAGCUCUGUCAAGUUUGUCGCCUACGUCUGCAGCCGCUGCAGUUUUAUUUGGAAAAAAUUCCGGUCUAUUGGCAGGCACCAAUGGCACGAACGGUGGUACAUACGGUUCGUCGCUGAACGCACUCGGUCUCACGCUGGCCGAUCUGAACUCUAACCAGUUCGCCAUGCCGCAAUCGCCACCGGCCAGUUCGCCGUUGUACUUUUUGAACAACAACAAUAACAACAACAACAGUCCGACAAAAGUGUCCAGCAAGCAGCUUGAAGGUCCGGAAGGUGCCAAUCUGUUUAUAUACCAUCUCCCUCAGGAUUUCGCUGAUUCUGAUCUCGUGACCAUGUUUUUACCAUUUGGUAACGUUAUAUCGGCAAAGGUUUACAUUGAUAAAGAGACCAAACUGUCCAAGUGUUUCGGGUUUGUGUCGUACGACAAUGCGUACAGCGCGCAGGCGGCCAUACAGACGAUGAACUCGUACCAGGUGGGCAACAAGAGGCUAAAAGUGCAACUUAAGAGACCCAAAGAGGCGUCCAGGCCGUACUAACAGCGCCAACUACCGACCGACCGACCGACCGACCAACAAUCGCACCCGACAAGAACGGUCGUGUACGCCGUACUAUUUUUGUUUAAGAAGACAUGAACUAUAAUAAUAAUUGUUAUGUGUGUACAUAAUAAUACUUGGUUUCUUUUACUUUUGUUUCGUUUUUUUGUUUUUGUUUUCGUUUUUUUUUUUUUUAUAUAUAAUAUUAUAUAAUAUAUAAAUAUGUAUAUCUACAUGACACAGAAUGAUAGGGAUAUUUUUAACGCAGCUUUUGAGGUAAAACAAAUCGAGAAAUAAAGAUGUAAAGAACUAUAUACUGAAUUACGAAAAAUUGAAACAUAACUUAAUGACAUACUGAAUUCUCAUUUGAACUAUUUUGUUAUGUUUAUGUAUAUAUGUCUUAUAUGUAUAAGGAAAUAUGUCAGAUUAUUAAUUUUGUUUUA